GCGGGUACUGCAAAAACAGUAAACACUAAAGAAGAAGAAGAAGAACAUAAAGAGAGCAAGCUGAACAUGGAGGAAAUUGCAGCCCCAACACAAAAGCAGGCUGAAACUCGAAAUAAUGAAGCUAAAGGAAACCUUUCCUCAAAUCUGUCCAAGACUGAAUCAGUUGAUAAGCCGCCCGACAAGCCGGAAGCUGGUUAUAACAGGCUGAAGCUGUUCGACAAAGUAAUGCAGAAAAGCCUGGAAAAGUUCAUCGAGCAUGCCAGUUUCAACAGAUUCGCCAGCACGUUUCGCCCGUUGUACAAGAAGAACCCGCAGAAGAUGGAAAGCAUUCACAAGCAGUUCAUUGAGGAGUUGAGGAAAAGUAUACAGGAGGACAUCAGCAGAUUGAUUGAAGAAGGCCGCUUAGAGUUAAAAAUGAAUGAGCUAGACAAACUGGAGAGCGCCGCCCAGAACAAUACAGCCCCUGCAUGGCGGCCGAGCGGGGUUCCUGAGAAGGACUUUUGCAGCUUUUUGAUGCCAUACUAUAAAAAGCAGGAGAUCUACAUGGGACUGGAGCUGAAAAAGAUUCAAGCAGAGAAUGCUGCCCUGGCACAGAAGGUUCUGGCUGGCAGAGAGAGCGUUUCUCAGACUGGACAACUUCUUUCUACCGCUGUGGAUGAGUGGAAGACGACGGUCACAGAGUUUGAAAGGUUGACAUCUUCUUUUGGCCCUGCUGAUGUCUUCGAUGUGUGAUCAUCUAAUUCAUUGACCUGCAUAUAUCUUCUCUAAAUUAACUGUACAUAUAUAUUGUUUGUUUACUCUGCCUGUUUUCUGAAAAUAAAGUUAAUUAAUAUUUC